AUGUCUAGACGACCGCCGAACCCGGCUGCGGAGCGGGCAGCCCAGAACCAGGCCACCAUCAAGAGUCUCCUGAAGCUCGAGUCCAACAAGAUAUGCGCCGACUGCAAGAAGAACAAACACCCCAGGUGGGCCAGCUGGAACCUGGGUGUCUUCAUCUGCAUUCGCUGCUCGGGCAUUCACCGAGGAAUGGGAACGCACAUCUCUCGAGUCAAGUCGGUGGACCUCGAUUCCUGGACCGACGAGCAGCUCGCAAGCAUCCUGAGCUGGGGUAACGCGCGCGCCAACAAAUACUGGGAAUCCAAGCUGGCGCCUGGCCACGUGCCCUCGGACGCCAAGAUCGAGAACUUCAUCAGGACCAAAUACGAGCUGAAGAGAUGGGUCAUGGACGGGCCAAUGCCCGACCCGGCCUCGCUGGAUACCGAGGGCGAUGACGACAUACCCCUGAGCAUUGUCAAGGAGAAGCAGAACAUCGAGCGAAAGGAGUCCAUCCGGAAAGCAUCUGUGGGACAAUCCGCCGCCCCUAGGAGGGUCGCAGCACCACAGGCCGAUCUUAUCGGCGGCGACGACCUGCCGCCGAGAGCAAGCACCGCUGGUCCUCCCGCCGCUCAGGCGCCGCCGCCCAAGGCCUCCCCGGCGCCACCAAAGUCCACCGCUGCCAAGGACUCCUUGUUCGGCCUCGACUUUCUCAGCGAUGCGCCCGCGGCACCCCCGCGCCCUGCCAGCACGACCGGAACCUCGGGAGCAGGAGGGGCCCAAUCCCGACCCGAUCUCAAGCAGUCCAUCUUAUCGCUCUACGCAUCAGCCCCUCGGCCGCAACCACCACAGCAGCAACAAUCCUCUGCCUCGUUCGGCAGCUUUGGUGGUGUGCAAUCGCCCCCUGUCCAGUCGCCAACCUUUAGCCACCAGUCACAAAAGUCGACCAGCGGAGGGCUGGACGAUGCUUUUGCAGGCCUGAGCUUCGGCAACGUGGCGAGCCCCAAGAGCCCGCCGAAGGACGCCUUCGCAGGAUUAGGCAGCAUUUCCAGCAACAAGUCGACACCCCAGCCCGCUUCUGCGUUCUCCAGCCUGAGUGGAGGCAGCUUCUUUGAUUCCAAGCCGGCAAAGCCUGCAGCUCCUCAGCACCAGCAACAGCCCUCCCUGACCUCGUCUGAUAGCUUCGGAGGAUGGGGCGCCCCGGCAGCGCCUGCGAAGCCAGCCCAGCCUGCAUCUUCGUCAUUUGGCGACCUUUUCGAUCUUUCUAGCCCUGCGCCUGCACCCCAGGCCCCGGCGGCGGCUCCUCAACCCGCUGCCGCACCCGUGGACUCCUCCGUAUUCAACCUGUCUCAACCCAAGCCUGCGCCAGCUGCUGCACCCGCUGCUCCCGCGUCAACUGUGAACACGUCCUCGUUCAACAAUGCAGAUGUCUGGGGAAAUGCAUGGGGUGAGCCAGCUGCGCCGGCAGCUCCCGCUCAGAAGAGCCCGGAAAUCAGCAAGCCCUCGGCGUUCGGCGGCAGCGAUUUCGGCUGGGGCAACUCGGGUAGUACUUUGGCGAGCACAUCUAUCGUCCCCGGCCAGUCCGGUGGCUUCAACACGCAGUCUGGUGGAUUCAGCAUGGCGCCCGCCCCGAAGGUCGCCGCCGACGAGGAGUUCGGAGGCUGGACCAGCAGCACGAACACGAACACGACCGCGACUGCCAACACCAGCAGCACGACCAAGCAGGGUGGUGGCUUCGGUGGCAACGAUGACUUGUUCUCAAACGUCUGGCAGUGA